UCCGAGCUCAGUUUCUGUUAGUCGAAUAGAAGACAGAUUGAAACACUGGACUCGCUCAGAACUUUCAACGAUUCGUUUACGAUUAUUACAAUGUACUGACUUAUCCGAUUAUUUCCUCGAUUAACUUAAAGUCAGGCAGAGAAGUUCGAGAGAGACAGACGAGAGAAGGGGUUGGAAAUACGCAAUACAUUUUUAAACGUAGAAGUAGACUGAACGAUAUUUCGGGCCCGGACACCUCGUCCGUUCGGGCUUCCACCAACGCUAAUCACGAAACAGGGCAACGAAUUAAUGAAGAAAAUUGCCGUUGCCUAAAUAAUAAUGAGGACGUCACGCGAUUACCCGAUGCGAACUGCGGAAAGACGAGGUGUCGAAAAUUCGCAGGCCGUGACGAAGAGCCAAGAGGAAACGGGCAUUCGUUUCCUGAAUAAAGCAGUCUGGUCCGACGCAUCGCGGCGAGAGUUCACCUUGCGAAACACGGAAACUCUUCUUUGGUUUCUUUUAUUUUCGUCGUUUAAGAUGACGAUCAAGUCUAUUCUGAAUUUCGGUGGAUAUAAAGAUUCUUACCACUCACCCGUUGAGAGAUAUCACAGCGGUUACGGUAAUUACGGUGGCUACCAUCACAGCGGGUCCGGAGGAUAUCACCACAGCUCACGAGGAAGCUAUAAAGGGAAAGGUGGCAAUGGAGCUGCACUGAGCGCCCUGACUUUGCUCGCCUUCUUGUUCCUUCUAAAUGUGAUGCAGCAAUCGAUGGACGAUCAAAAUCAAAUGACGACGACGACGAUGAUGACGUUCGUGUUAAGGGAUGGAGAUCUGCCGGUGGUGGUGGACUCGAAAGAGGAGAAGGACGCCAAGAAGAGGGACGAGGCCAAACAUGAGGGCGGCGGUCAGGGACUUAUAUCAAAAUCCAAGAUCCAAAGGCUUAACAGUCAAUAUAUUAAAUGAAAUCAGAUUAAGUACACAAUGAUUCAUCGGUAUGCGUUACAGGUGUAUGUUUAGUUAUUGAAAGUGAAUGAACAAAGAAUUUUGGACCGAGAUCGGUGGUGAUCGGCUGUAUGCACGUCGCGUUUCCAUCUUUCUCGCGUUGACGACGAUCCGUUUGACAGAUCACCAGCCUCGAACUUGUAUUAAGAUUAAUUAUUUAUUGAAUCCAUUCUGUAACAAUUCCUUUAAACAGACGUGCUUUUAAUUAAAUAUCGUACGCGUACGUAGCAUACGUUAUUCUCUUUUAAUACACUAUCAUUGUUCUUUUUUGUUUUUGAUGAUUUCAUUUUCUCUCUUUCUCUCUCUCUCUC